CGGGCCUCUCGCAGCCGCAGGCCGGGCGGGGUUAAAGGGCCGGGUGGCCAGACGGAGCCGUCAGAGCUGAGGUUGCUGCUCCGGCUCCGGCGGAUCCAGAUCGAAGGCCAGAGGCAGAGAUCCGCAGAGAGCCGAUCCCAGGGCAAGGAUUUGAAUGCAAAUAGUUUCUUUGGGAAGUGAUCACAGAAAAGACCAGUGAGGAAGAAGAAAGUGAACCUAAAAGAAUUGAAAACAAGGACUCAGGUAAAUACAGGAUGCUGCCCAUCACAGAGCACAUGCUGCACCUCCUGGGAUUGGAGAAGACGGCGUUCCGCUUGUAUGCCGUGACUGGGCUCCUUCUCGCCUUGCUCUUCUUCCUCUUCCGUCUUCUGGUGCAGUUCCUGGGACUCUGCUGGCGCUUCUACAUCACCUGCCGCCGGCUGCGCUGCUUUCCCCAGCCGCCCCGGCGCAACUGGCUACUGGGCCACCUGGGCAUGUAUCUCCCAAAUGAGUCGGGUCUCCAGGAUGAGAAUAAGGUGCUGGAAAGCAUGCACUACGUGAUCCUGGUGUGGCUGGGACCUGUCCUGCCACUGUUGGUUUUAAUGCACCCUGACUACAUCAAGCCCCUGCUGGGCGCUUCAGCUGCUGUUGCUCCCAAGGAUGAACUUUUCUAUGGCUUCCUGAGACCUUGGCUGGGAGAUGGGCUGCUGCUCAGCAAAGGUGACAAGUGGAGCCGACACCGCCGCCUGCUGACACCUGCCUUCCACUUCGACAUCCUGAAGCCCUACAUGAAGAUCUUCAACCAGUGCACCAAUAUCAUGCAUGCUAAAUGGCGGCGCCUGGUGGAGGGCUCGGAUGUCUCCCUCGACAUGUUUGAGCACAUCAGCCUCAUGACCCUAGAUACUCUUCAGAAAUGUGUCUUCAGCUACAACAGCGACUACCAGGAGAAGAUGAGCGAUUACAUCUCGGCCAUCAUUGAGCUAAGUGCCCUGGUGGUCCGGCGCCAGUAUCGCCUCCACCACCACCUCGACUUCAUCUACUACCGCACAGCGGACGGGCGACGUUUCCGGCAGGCCUGUGACACUGUGCACCACUUCACCACGGAGGUCAUCCAGGAGCGGCGGCGGGUGCUCCGCCAACAGGGCAUGGAAGCCUGGCUUAAGGCCAAGCAGGGCAAGACCUUGGACUUCAUCGAUGUGCUGCUCCUGGCCAGGGAUGAAGAUGGGAAGGAAAUGUCAGAUGAGGACAUCCGAGCUGAAGCUGACACCUUCAUGUUUGAGGGUCAUGACACAACAUCCAGUGGGCUCUCAUGGGUGUUCUUCAACUUGGCCAAGUAUCCGGAGUACCAGGAGAAGUGCCGGGAAGAGAUCCAGGAAGUCAUGAAAAAUCGAGAGCUAGAGGAGCUGGAGUGGGAGGACCUGACCCAGCUGCCCUUCACCACAAUGUGCAUCAAGGAGAGCCUCCGGAAGUUCCCACCCGUAACCAUGAUCUCUCGUCAAUGCACGGAAGACGUCAAGCUCCCAGAUGGGCGUAUCAUCCCCAAAGGAAUCAUCUGCCUGGUCAGUGUCUACGGGACCCACUAUAACCCUACAGUGUGGCCUGACGCCAAGGUGUACAACCCCUAUCGCUUUGACCCGGACAACACAGAGCAGCGCUCCCCGCUGGCUUACAUGCCCUUCUCUGCAGGACCCAGGAACUGCAUCGGACAGAGCUUCGCCAUGGCUGAGAUGCGCGUGGCCGUGGCGCUGACUCUGCUGCGUUUCCGCCUGAGCGUGGACCGAACGCGCAAGGUGCGAAGGAAGCCCGAGCUCAUUCUGCGCACGGAGGAUGGUAUCUGGCUCAAGGUAGAGCCACUGCCUCCGCGGGCCUGAGUGAGGCCCGGCCCGCCCCCGCGGAUCCCGGGGGCCCAAGCCCCGCCCAGAGAGGCUCAGGUUCUGCCCCUGAGGGCCCAGGCCCCGCCCUCAAGAUCCUGAGGGCAUUGACCACGCCCCUCGAAGUCUGGGCUCCGCUCCUGGGGUGAACAGGCUCCUCCAUUAAGCAGACUGACGGCGCAGGUCACACCCCUCAAAGCAAGGCUCCGCCUCCUGAGGGUCUGAUCCCGCCCCUUGAGGUCCAGGUCCCGCCCCCUGAGGGCCGGUUCCUGCUCUCUUGUUUGAGGGAUCAGGAUUGGUCAGGCCCCUCGGGCUCAGGCCCCGCCCCCAACGUCAUUCGGAUUCAGGUCUUCAGGCCUAGCCUAAUGAGCCUUCGGAGGACCUAAGACUGGACAUCCAAGGCCUCUAGGAUACAAGUCCGGUCUCCCUCGGAUCCCGACUGGCUUUUAAAUUGAGGACUUGGGAAAUGGAGCCCGAGAUCAGAGCCUUGAACCUGAACAUCACCUUCUCGAGGCCCUCAGCUCAAAUGGGUGAACUCCUCAGGAAUCAGGCUGCAUCCUAGGGCCCAGGCUGUCUGUUCUUGAUUUGUAAACUCACACCCUCCCUCUCAAGCCCCUUCCUUCCUCCCUUCCUCAAAGGCCCUUUGCUGAGUGUCCUGAUGUUUGUAAAAUAAAAGCAAGGGAUGCAGACAUCCCCCAUCAUCCAUCCUCAGCUAGGCCAGAUCCUUACUCCCAGCUCCCAGCAAGAAAAUGAAGGGUCCUGGACAGUUGGGAAGCUGUGGGCUAGGAGGCUAGGAAGCCAUUUGUCCUCAGACAUAAACAGACUUUUGGGGA